GGCGCGGCAAGCGCGACCCGCUGCAACCAGCAAGGUGAUCGAUCGAUCGAUCGAUCGACCAAUUGAUUCGAAUUAAUGGUUCCAAUCACUACUAGGUAGGGCGAAAUUCUAGGUCAAUGGUAUGUGUCCACGAGCACGUCAGAGGUGCCACUGCUGCCUACCAGGCAGUGACAGGAUCCGCUUCGAACACAGAAGCACAGAAGCAUCGAAGCACAUAUAAAGCAGCCAGGAGUUCGCCCAGACAGGUAUGUCCGGCCCCAUUUCGUGUGGACCAACUGAGAGAAUAUCAUGGCCCCUGCCCCUGUUAUGCGUCGAAAGGCCCAACGAGCCGCAAGAAGCAAAAUGAGCCGAAGAAAUCCGGCGUAGGUCUCGUCAACAAAGUCACCGGACACAUCCUCCCAAACCAUUUCCAAGCCCCAGAAGCGAACAUCUCAGAGAAGUGGUGCGAGCGCGCCCAUCGAGUUCUUAAUAAGCUGCACGGGCCCCACGAUUCCCUCUCUAGGGAUGCAAUGAAUGCCGAUGGCAUUAAUUGCCCCAGCGAGUUUUGUGACGUUUUGCACGGUCUGAUCUACGGGUUUCUUUGCCAAGCUAUCAACGAGCAGAACGCUAUUCGUCAAAUUCAGAGCAUGAACAGAACCUACGGAUCCAAGGGUUUCUCGUGACACCCAUCUCGUACGUCUGGAGUAGUUGUUGAGUCCGAGAGUCAUGGGAGGUGUGCAGCACUGCUGCUCUAGGCCCUAGAUUGUCGACUGAGGUUGCGAAUCGUCAUAUGCACUCCUGAAGUAAAUUAAUGAACAUC